CCCCACGAUCGCAAAACCGCCGAGAAGAAAAAUACAGGGCCAAAUCGCGCCAAAGCUCGAGUUACCUCAACACCCCAUCCUCGAAUCCGACUAACAAGACCUUCGAUCAACCUGGCUUCGUUACCAUUUCGAUUUAAGGCCGGAGGAGACGGGAAACCGCCCGCCGCGACCAUGAGUCACUCUCACAGACCGACCACCAAGGUCACUCACAAGCCCUUCAAGUCCAAGCAUGCGACCAAGGGUGCGCUGAGGGACGCUGCCAAAGGCAGACUUCCCGGCGACGAGCGCGGCCAGCGAAAGACGCCCCACCAGCAAGUCAUGUCCAAGUUCGACAGACGAAACCAGGCCAAGCAGCGCCAGAUUUCCAAGCGCAAGGAGAGAUUGGAGGAGGUUUCGAUAUUUAUUGGAAAGGAUGGCGCCCCGCGAAUUGUUGCCGUCGUGCCCUUGUGCCAAGAUGGCGACGCCGCGGCCGCUGUCAAGCAGCUCAACGACAGCGUGGACAUUGAGGCCGAGGUCGAGGAGGUACCAUUCCGGGUCUCGGUUGACCGUUUCAAGCAGAAGGUCCAGUACAUACCCCUGAAGCGGGAUCUGAAUGCCGUUCUGGACGCUACACGAGUUGCGGACUUUGUUAUCGUCAUGCUUUCGGCCGACGUCGAGGUCGACGAGUUGGGCGAGUUGAUGCUGCGUGGUCUCGAGAGUCAGGGUUUGUCGACCCUGUUCACCGUCGUUUAUGGCCUGGACAAGAUCGAGCAGGCCAAACACAAGCAGUCAACACUUGGCUCCCUCAAGUCAUACAUCACCCACUUUCACCCUGAGCAGGAGAAGCUCUACCAACUGGAGAACAGGCAAGAGUGCGCGAACCUGAUGCGUUCAAUCUGCAACACGACGCCCAAGGGCGUUAGGUGGCGCGAGGACAGGAGUUGGCUCCUGGCCGAGGACAUUAAGUUCCCUGAUUCCGGGCUUGGGUCCACGGUCAUUACUGGUGUUGUGAGAGGACGAGGCUUGAAGGCCAAUCGUCUGAUUCAAUUGGGCGACUAUGGAACGUACCAGGUUGAGAAGAUCACAGCGGCCCCGUUGCCCAGGAAGCUGAAAAGGGGCGAGAUGGCUGUUGAGGAGACCGAGACCGAGGAGAUUCUUGAUACCCCUGAUGAGGACCAGGACGACCUGGCAGAGCUGGCGCCCGACGCCGCGAUGGACGAUGAUGAAAUGGAAGCCGAUGGGCCGCCAGAGAUCAAGAAGGGUGUGCUUCUCGAUGACCACCACUACUUUGAUGAUAACUACUAUGAGGCCGCGGAGGCCAAGACAAGAGUGCCCAAGGGAACCUCCAACUAUCAAGCGGCAUGGUACCUUGGCGACGACGUGUCAGACUCCGGCUCCGACAUGGAGGACUACGAGAUGCAGGAAAACUCUGAGGAUGAUGAAGUCCGUCCCGAAGACGGUAUUGAGGGUCAAGCGCCAAAGGAGCCCACCGAGGCGGCGCCUUCAGAAUACGCCAAGUCCGAGAAGUUUAUCGAACCAGAUGAGGAGGAAGAUGCCGCCGGCCUGGCAGCCUACCGCGCCAGAAAGUCCGACGAGGUCCAAGACGACAAGGAGUACCCUGAUGAGAUUGAGCUGCACCCCGGUGUGCUCGCACGUGAGCGCCUGCAAAGAUACAGAGGUCUAAAGAGCUUGAGGACGAGUGAGUGGCUCGAGAGCGAAGACCGGGCCUACGAGCCUGAGGAGUGGCGCAAGCUCCUACAGAUCCCAGACUACCAGGCGUCCCGGUCCCGUGCCAUGCGUGAAGCCCUCGUCGGUGGCGUUGCUCCCGGCACGAGAGUCCACGUCUACCUUAAGGGCGUCCCAGCGUCAUUCGAGAAGUCGUACCAGCCCAGCAAGCCAGUCACUCUCUUUUCGCUGCUGCGCCACGAGCAGAAGAAGACGGCCAUCAACUACCUCAUCAACCUAAGCGCCGACUACCACCGGUCGAUCAAGGCCAAGGAGGAGAUCAUCGUGCAGUGCGGCCCACGCCGCUUCACCAUCAACCCCAUUUUCUCCCAGUCGGGCAACACGCCCAACAACGUCCACAAGUUCUGCAGAUAUCUCCAUCCCGGUCAAUCUGCUGUGGCCACCUUCAUGGGUCCUGUCACCUGGGGCGCCGUGCCGGUCCUUUUCUUUAAGCGCUCCACGCCUGUACCGGAAGGUUCCGGGGAGGCCGAGAAGGAGUCUACCCUUGGCCUAACGCUGGUCGGCACGGGCACGGCUCUGCCACCGUCAACCUCCCGCGUCAUCGCUAAGCGAGUCGUCCUGACGGGUCACCCGUACCACAUCCACAAGAAGAUCGUCACCAUCCGCUACAUGUUCUUCAACCGAGAGGACGUCGAGUGGUUCAAGGCUUUGCCUCUGUGGACCAGGCGUGGCCGCAGCGGCUUCAUCAAGGAGCCCCUCGGUACACACGGAUACUUCAAAGCCACCUUUGACGCCCGCAUCAACCCGCAGGACUCGGUUGGUGUCAGUCUCUACAAGCGCGUGUGGCCGCGCAACGCCAUCCCCAUUCAGGGGUCUCUUCUCGAGCCUAGUGUCGCUGGCCAGGCCGAGGAGGGUGAUGUGAUGAUGGAUUAAACGGAUACCAAAAAGCAUUGCAAACGAUGAGAUGGAAACGCCAAAAAAGGAGGAGUUCCGAUAGAAGAUGAGAGAAAGCACAGAUAUUAGCAGUAACGUCGGCUAUAGAUACAGGUCUGAUGCCAUCCUCCGGAGUUUUAAAAGGGAUAAAAAUGCCAAC